CAACCCUUGCAGCUACUGCUCAUCUCGCCUCGGCCUCGAGUUCAGCAAGAAAAAAGCACCACCACGCCUCUCAUUUUCAUCCUCAUUCCACCAACCAAUCCACCUACGAUCCACCUCCCCUCGACACCACGCCACGUACUCCGAUCCAAAAGUUUAAAAAACGUUUGCUCGUCUGCCAAACAUACGUGCCCGUAAAUUGUUAUAUAUUAAAGGAGCUGACAUAUUAAAUGCGAGCAACGAGCCACCGCCCACCCCUCUGUCCUGUUCUUUUCUCUCUGAUCUCAGACUCCGUUCUCAGUCUGUAGCUUUGCCAUGGCUGCUUUCCUGUUGUUGCUCAUGCUCACCGCGCUGACUAUGCUCUCUGCUUCAGAUGCUGCUUGGUGCGUUUGCCGGUCUGAUAUGAGCAGCAACGUGCUGCAAAAGGCACUGGACUAUGCCUGUGGAGCAGGGGCAGACUGCAGCCCUAUCACUCAAAACGGGGCCUGCUACAACCCCAACACAGUGCUCGCGCACUGCUCUUAUGCCGUCAACAGCUACUACCAGAGGAAAGCCCAGGCACAGGGAUCCUGCGACUUCUCUGGCAGUGCUACGUUAAGCACCACUGAUCCCGGGAGCAAUGGUUGCACCUAUCCUGCAAGUUCAAGUGCUGCCGGGAGUUCAGGCAUUCCUACAACAACUCCUGCAAGUAACACUCCAACAAGCACCACUCCACCAACAAGCACAACCCCAAUGGGGACAACUCUUUCUCCCCCAACUUCCCUGACUCCUCCCACUUUCAACCCUAACACCGGCACGGGCACGGGCACGGGCACGGGCACGGGCACCGGCACCGGCACCGGCACAGGGACUGGAGGUGUGCUGGGAGGGCUGGGCCCCUCAGGGACAACCAGCAGCUUUGAUUCCAGUGGCGGGACCAUGCUUCUUCCGAGUCCCAACGUGGCCUCUUUCUUUAUGAUUUUGCUCCUCUCAUAUUCCUUGUUCCUGGCGAGGAUCUGAGUCAUGCCUAAGGUGUCAGGAAUCAUGUCUUUUGAGAAAGAACUGAAAGAAUUUUGAGGGAGGAUGGAUGGAUGCUGGCCAUGUGAAAGUUGGUGAUCAUUGAAGGAUCUAUCUAGAGUCAUUCCCCACUAAUAUUUGUUGUUUAGUGGCAAAGAUAGAGGGGUUUUGAUUCCCCUUUGGUGCAUGCUCUUUUCUUUUAUGCAACUUUGUUAAAAAACCAUUCAGGGAUAGAGAAGCUCUACUGCUUUGAUGAAUUAUGCUUACUGUGGCUAUCAUCCCCUUCCUUUUAGGUUGAUUAAUGUAUCACUAUCUUUUGCUUAUUGUAAUUAAUCUAGACUUAUGAUUGUAUCCAAAUUAA